UGCUGUGUUCUAGUGUUACUUACUGUUUAUGUGUUUCCGUUGUUUGUCAUUACUCUUAUUGAAAGUCCGUGUACUACAGAUCAUUCUAUUUCUAUCAACUUAUUUGCAAUAUCAAUUAUUUAAUGCAUAAGACAAUCAAUACAAUAUAAUCAUAAAAUGCCAUCAGAUUCUAGAAGAAAUGCAGGACCUGAAAAUACCUUGCAAUAUCAAUUAUAUUUGAAACAAAAAAAGACGUAUGAAGAAUGUGAAAAAGAACUUUGUGAUGUAAAUAAUAGAAGAAAAGACGGAAGAAAACUAACAGAUUCUAGGAAAAUCUAUGUGAAAACCGGAGUCGUCAGCCAGGCAAAAGGGUCUGCUUACAUUGAAAUGAAAAAUACCAAAGUUAUUUGUUCAGUUUUUGAUCCAAGAGAAAUUCCCAAUAAAUCAGAAUUUAGUGUAAAUGGAGAAUUAUACUGUGAAUUUAAAUUUGCAACAUUUUCUUGUAAAAAAAGAAGACACUUUGUGCGUGAUGUUGAGGAAAAAGAACUCAGUGUUAGUCUGAAAAGGGCCUUGGAACCUGCAGUUUGCAGACACGAGUUUCCAAAUUUCCAAGUGGAUGUUUAUGUGUUGGUGCUAGAGAAUGACGGCUCAGCCCUUGCUGCAGCUAUCACUUGUGCCGGCCUCGCGCUGGCGGAUGCCAGUGUGCCCAUGUAUGAUCUUAUAAGUGCUUCUACAAUGGGAGUCCACGGAGAGCGGAGACUGAUGGAUCCUACAGUGGAGGAGGAGAAUGUCUGUCUGACGGUGACUCCGAGAGACAGCAGCAGCCAAGGAGUCGUCACUCUGGCAUAUCUCUCCAGUCUUAAACAGGUGACGGAGCUGUGUCAGUCAGGACUGAUGGAGGUGGAGGAAUUACAGAAGGUGGCGGAAGUCCUGGAGAAACAAGCGACAGAGGUGUAUUUAGUUGUGCAGCAAUGUCUUGCAGCCAGUGUGAAAAAGCAUUUCAAAGAUCGCCCUGCCAGUGCUAACCAAUAAAGUUUAUAAUGUUUUUUUUUUAU